UUGUUGUAGUAGUUGUUGUUAUGAGAUACUAAGCAAGCUGUGUAAAGAGAUGCAUUCUAAUAUUUAGGUUUGAUUUGUUUCUUUGAUAGAUAAUUGCUGCUAGUAUAAGGAAAGAUGGAAAAUGCAGAGGAUGAAGGCCGUGUUGGAGGUGGACACCAAGAGAAACAUGAAGAUGAGGUAAUUUCAGCUUCUAUGAGAGAACAGUUGCAAAGUAUGCAGGAGCUACAACCAUGUAUUUUGUAUCCAAGAAAUUGAAGAAAAAAUAUAACAUCACUGAUGAGCGCGCAGCAUUAUAUAAAGCGGCAGAAACAUGGGUUGAUGCUUUGAAUGUCCGAGACUUUCUAGAGAUUAAGAAGAUGAGGAAGAAUCCUUUGAAAAGCUCCAAGAGUUCUUUGAAUGAGGCAAAUUUCCAUCAUUCCAUGAGAACAGGGAUGAGCAAGCAAAAGCAGCUAGCAGAAGACAUUCUGAGGUAUGGGGACAUAAAAAUUGCAGCAGAAGUGUUCACAUUUCGCGAGCUUACCAACGCGACAGACAACUUCAAUCCGGAGCUGUUUGUGGGGGAAGGAGGAAAGAUUAAGGUGCAAUUCAAUCACUGA